GGUCAACUCAAUUCACAAGUGCACUUCUGAUGCCCACGACCGAGGACGAGCCGUCCUCGCCGAUUCUGACGGACACCCUGCUAGAGGACACCGCAGCCCCUGUCCGAGGUGGUCGUCCUUGGACCAUGCGGCGCAUUGUCGUCGGAGUUCUCGUCCUCAUGAUCGUGCAACUCGCCGCACGCUUCUACGUGUUUGACGUGGACGUUGCUCAAGUGCAUCACGCGGUGAGGUCGUGGCACAAGCACAUCUUUGGCGACUCGACCUCCGCUAGCCACUUCAUCUCUAGUUACGAUCCGUUCUCGUGGAUCAGCGCCAUCGCCGGGUCAGGGGGCGCGUCGUCAUUUGUGCGCGCUGCGGUGCUCUACCUCCCGUCGCACGAGCCCGAAUUCGAAAUCGAGUUCCGGUGGUUUCGUCGGUCGUGGCUCGAAAUGCAAAAGGCCGAGCCGCCGACUUGGCGCACAGACAUUGUCGUGUACAGCGACGGCAACUCGCCCGCCCUGGAAGCGCUCAAUUGCAGCGCCACAUCGCGGCGGACGUCCCGGGACGACGCCAACAUGUGCAUCCUCCACCCCACGUACACGAGCGUGUACUCGGACGCGUUUCCGUACGAGUUUGCUGACUCGGUGAACGUCGUCGGGUUGAACGGGACCGACCUCGACAUGUACGACUGGGUCCUUCGUACUGACGUCGACACGUUCCUGACCCCAGCGUUUGCCACGUGGAGGCCACCCAAAAUGGUCGUGGGCGAGGGGUCGUACUUGGGUCUGGGCUUCACGACCGGCGACCGCCUAGCGUCCAUCACUUCGUCGCUCAACUUGACCACGAUGAAUUUGGACAACGUGGGGUCCACAUGGUACGGCCCCACGUCUCUUGUGCGGACGUGUGCCAACUUGUCCAUGUCUGUGAUGCAGUACUUGUACGCAAACGAGUUUACGGACGAAGAGAAGAGCCCUGAAUAUGGCAUCAAGGGCUGGCCGCAGUGGCACAUCGGCGUCGUGUCCAUGUACGCAGGCCACAUCGCCAUCAACCACUGCACCCGCGACUUUGGGGUUGCCAAGGACGAAGACAUGCUAGACUUCCCCACCACAUCAUCCGACCCCCCUUCUCGACACGCGCACCUUCAUACGUGGCAAGACAACGAUCGAUUCAGCAAAGCCGCGUUUAUCCGUGGGGCGUACGCCCACGAAGACAGGUCCAAGCUCCGCCCGGCUCACACCAUUGUCGACUAUGCCAUGUACAUGGCACUCGACUCACAACCUACCGCCCUCCAUCCUCGUGCUCUAACCUAAUCAUUUACAUUAUCCACCUAAUAAUUUGCGUCUAGUUUACUACACUCCAUGAUGUUACGACACCAUACAUCCUUGCAUCGUGACUUCCAUUGA